AUAAGGUGAAGCUUAACGGUUUGGUCACUCUAAUGUGACGGUUUGCUUUUGGGGUUUGAUAACUGCCAGUCAACUGUAUAAAGUAGAUUUGUAGAAGUGAUACACAAGAUAAGAGAACUUCGUUUAUUAAUUCAGCUUCAGUUUACAAUCUAACUGCUAUUAUAAUUUAUUACAACAUGGAUAAACCAACGAAAAAGAUUAAGCGACCGGUGAUUCGGCAGACAAAGACUUCGAUAUACCGAAUGGCCAAAGCAAAUCCUCUUCUUGUCCGUGAGAAUCAAAUCAAGGUUGCUGAUAAAGACGUUAAUUUACCACUAGCUGUUACGUAUCCGGGCCGCAUAACCCUUGACGACAUUGAGUUUAAAAAGUGGAUUCAAACUAGCACUAAAGCUAGUUCAUCUAAUAAUUCUCUUGGCCUACCACCUCAGAAGAAGGAAGUUAUUCCAAUGACAAAAGCAAAUGUAAAAAAGGCAACAAAUAUGAGGCCGAAACCAAACCUGCCUGUAAAGAAUAAACCACUGAUCAAAUCUGCAAGUGAAGAUAAUGGGAAGCAGGGCCAAGGCAGCAAUAUGAAUGAAAACUUUAAGAUGCCGUUAUCUACAGCACCGAAAAAAACGCAGUUACGCCGCUCACUAUCGUCUGAAUACUUUGCUAAUACUAAUAAACCUAUUACAAAAUGUUUUGGAUCUGCAAAUGAGACUCUGAAUAAGUCAUUGUCAUUCCAAAGUUUAAAUAGUAACACAUCUAAAUCAGGCCUACAUACAUUCAGCAAGUUUUUAAGUUAUAGAAGUACCAGCACUCCAAUGUGCAUGGCUAAUAAAGUGCGCAAGAAUGUGCAAGAGUCACCUUUGAACACACUUCAGCAUCCAUUAAAGGAAUGGUUAAAGCAACGCGGUAAAUCAUUGAGCAAUUAUCAACAUUUAAAAUGUUUUGGAAUGCAACAAUUAAGAGGUGAUGAAAGAAAUGAAGAGAAGGAAAACAUCCCUGAAGUUAGCCCAAGGAGUGGGAGUUAUGAUGAUCUGAAGAUUCCUGUCUCUGCAGGUUCUGCAGCUGAUGAUCAGAAAGCUUUUGCUGAAAAUCUUGUAACUGGAGCAGUUGAAGAUUUACACAAUUUAAUUGUAACUGGCUAUUCUCCAGAACAGUGUGAAGCUUGGCUAGAUUUCAUUAAGCAAAAGAGUAAAAAUAUGGAAGAAAAACCGCAGUAUUGGGAAUGCAGAGCUGCAAUUGAGCAGAGAAGAGGAAACAUUGCAUCAGCAGUGGAAUGCUACAAGAAUUCAAUUAUUAAUGGAGCAAAUGUGGAUCAUAUUGAUGAAUCUCUGGGUCACUUAUUAGAAAAGUUUAGCCUGCUAAAUAUUGAAGCGAAAAAUCCAGUUGAAACAGAGAAAAGACGAAAAGCAAAAGAGGAAGAAGUCAGGAACAUAUUUAAAUCGACAAUCAUUCAGUUUGCCAUUAAAGAACGUUCAUUAAAUAAGAAAGAUAACACGAAGGAAGCUGAAAAAUCGAAGAAACAAUUUACUGGCACACCAGUGCGACGCAGCACACGAAAAUCGUGCGCUAAAUUUCAACACACUCCAGGAAAAACUCUGUAUGAUUCAUGGAGUGAUGUUGACAAUUCCAUCAAGGAGAAUGUCGAGUUCAAAAAUAACGCGUAUUUGGCUUAAACACUUAAUGUUUUUAAUUAAAAUUGAAUUUUAACGUUAUAAUAUAUUCUUAAAGAUUCGAUAAUUUGUAAAUUUAAGAUUGAUUAUAAAAUAAGACUUUAACUUGAACAAGUUCA